AGCAUGUUGGCCAAGAAAUUCUCCUGUGAGUUGAGACACAAACAGGCAGCUUGUCUACUCCCUCUGACAGCGCACUGACAGUGGAUGUUUGGUAAGAGAGGCAACCACUGUUUAAUAUGAUCUUUUAAACUUAAACUUAAACUUUCAAACGGCUGAAUGUACUUUCUGUGACUUUUUUUGAUCACCAUUGAACAUCUACCCUUCAGCUUUUUUGUUUAUGUGAAGAAAAUAAUGUUUAAACUCCUCCUCGCUUAAAACCGUGAUUUAAUCACUCAGAGUUGAUCUCAUGCUGAAAUGCAGCAGUCCAGCGUGAACACUGUGACCCUGUGGUGAACAGACUAUGAGCCCUUUGUCAAAUUGCCUGUGUCUCACACACAGUGAAGAGCUUUCUCUCUCACAGCUGUGUGUCACUGCUCGCUGUGACUCACUGUAAGCCAGCCAAACAAGCUGACAUGGCACUUAUGAAUCCCCAAGUAAAGCCUCAGGGCAGAGAAGCUGCAGGAUGUUGCCAGUAAAAUCUAGAGGCUAGUUAAAAAUAACAUUUAUCUCUGAGGGAAACGAGCAGCAGCAGCAGCUACUCAGACUGUUCUAUUAAACAUCAGAAAUUAGUGGGAAAUGUCAGAGUCUCCUCGUCCAAGUGGCAUGGCACAGUCAGAGGACAGUGUGAGUGCCUGGAGCUGUAAGCAGGUGGCCCAGUGGCUGAAGAAAGAAGGAUUCGGGGAGUAUGUGGGGUUAUUGUGCACCCAGCAUCGCCUGGAUGGCGUCAGCCUACUUGCUCUGACUGAGGCUGACCUGCGAGGUCCCCCACUGGGCCUGACCGUGCUUGGAGACAUCAAGAGGCUCACGUUAGCCUUCCGCAGGCUCCAGAGACAGAACCAGGCCCAGCUGGAGGAGCUGGGUCUCCAGCCUUCGGACAGUCUCUCCACUGGGCACUUGCUGGGUGCUGCAGGGGUCGAGUGGAGCUGUGACGGACCUGACAGGAGGUACAACGGAGGUGAUCACUUGUGUAACGGGACUGAGCUGCGGCUGAGGAACGGUGAUAGAUCUGGAUAUGGUUCAGGAGUGGCACUGUGCCAUACACACUCAAACGGGAGACAUAGGCAGCACCUGGCUGGUAGACUGGACCCAGAGGUGUGGAAGACAGUCAUCAGUUGCAUAUACGUCUUUUUUGUUUUUGGAUUCACAUCUUUUGUCAUGGUCAUUGUACAUGAGCGUGUCCCGGACAUGAGGACCUACCCACCGCUGCCUGAUAUAUUCCUGGACAGUGUUCCUAGAAUCCCAUGGGCUUUUGCAAUGGCUGAAGCCUGUGGCCUCAUCCUGUGUUACAUGUUUCUGUUGAUCCUGCUUCUUCACAAACACAGGUCAAUUCUCUUCAGGCGGUUGUGCUCUUUAAUGGGAACUGUGUUUUUGCUUCGCUGCUGCACCAUGUUUGUCACCUCGCUCUCUGUGCCGGGGCAGCACCUGAAGUGCGCCAGUAAGACAUAUGGUGAUUCCUGGGGAAAGAUACAGAGGGCGCUAGCGAUCUGGAGUGGAUUUGGGAUGACUCUGACUGGGGUCCAAACAUGUGGAGACUACAUGUUCAGUGGACACACGGUUGUCAUCACAAUGCUCAACUUUUUUGUGACCGAAUACACUCCACGAGGCUGGAAUCUGAUUCACACCAUCUCCUGGGUGUUAAACCUGUUUGGGAUUUUCUUCAUCCUGGCGGCUCACGAGCACUACUCCAUCGACGUGUUCAUCGCCUUCUACAUCACCACCCGCCUCUUCCUGUACUACCACACCUUAGCCAACACCCGUGCCUACCAGCAGAGUCGUAGGGCGCGCAUUUGGUUCCCCAUGUUCUCUUUCUUUGAGUGCAAUGUGAACGGACCUGUCCCCAACCAGUAUCACUGGCCCUUCAACAAGCCUGCCUUCAUGAAAACUCUGAUUGGAUAGAAUAAACUUCAGCAGCUGCAAUGUGCAUGGACUGUAAUAUAAUGAGAAACUUUUUACUUGAGAUGCUGCUUCUAGUCUGUGGAUGACUUUGAGUUUAUUAUAUGGGAGUUUUCCCCCCUUCAUUUGCAUAAAUGGAUGAUCUUUAUUUUUUUAAGUAAUGUUAUGUUUAAAGGAAUAGUUUUACAUUUUGGGGAAUACACUUAUUUACUUUCUUGCAGAGAGUUAGAACGGAGGAUUGAUGUCACCUUCAUGUCUGUCCAUUAAAUAUGAAGCUAAAACCAGCAACUGGUUAGCUUUGCGUCGCUUAGCACAAAGACAGGAAACAGGAGGAAAGCAGCCAGCAUGGCACUGUUCAAAGGUAAAAAAAAAAAAAAAAAAAAAUCACCUCCUAGCACCUAUAUGACAUGCUAUACCUCGUUUGUUCAGCCUGUGCAAAAACCAAAGCAUAAAAACAGCAAUUUGAGUCUGUGACUGCAACAUUGCCCAAAGUCACUGCUCACGGCCAAAAAAAUAGUCUGGCACAUAACCUCCUGUAAAACCAAAACUUGUUGUUUUUUUGUUUUGUUUGUUUGUUUGUUUUUGUGGAGUGACACAAGCUUUUUCCCCAUUUCCAGUCUAGCUAAACUACAGCUUCAUAUUUAAUGGACAGAAAUGAAAGUAGUAUCUAAUUUCUCACCUAACACUGCCAAAAUGAAAGUAUUCCCUUUUAUUGCAUUCCUAAAUUAAAUUGCACACUGCCAAGUAAAACACAGAAAUGAGGUUUAUUACAAGGCCUAAGAGCUGCAGGUACGGGCGUUUUCUUGGAGGAUUAUUUGCCUUUAAAUUACCAUUUUCAUUAUUCAUGUUUUCACCUUGGGGAUGUUAAAGGUUCACUUGUGGUUUGGGCUGUUAGUCUCACUCACGAUUUACUGUGGAAAAUUGAUCACACAGCUGUGGUGAAGGUUGAUAUCUGUGGUUGUCACGUUUUGGGAGUCGUUUUGGGAGUCGUUGUGAUGACACACGUUUUAUUGCAAACAGAUUUGACACCAGUUUGGUAACUGCUACCAAAGGAGCAACUGUUUCUUUUGAUGUGCAACAGGAAAAACACUUCCUGUUCUCAACUGACAGAGCCUUGUUUCAGUCACUCAUAAAAAAAGUAGUUUUUAAAAAAAAAAAAAAAACACUUCAUUUUUCACUUACACAGAGUGAACCCUACAUCUUUGUAUAAUGUGUUUCGUACAGUCAUAGUUAAACUGAACCAAAUACCUGAACGUUGCAAUGUUCAAUUUUGCCAAUGAACCCUUAUUCUAUUUUUUUUUUUCAAUCUUAAUUUGAUACUGUUUUUUUUUUUACAGGUUGUUAAUUAUGUAACCAGCACUGAAAUGUAUUGAGCUUUAUUGUCCAGUUGUUCUCUCACAGUACAAACACUGACUUUUCAUUAAAACGUAGGAUAAGAAAUAUUCAAAUAUUGUUUACUAUCUCAUGGUUUAUCCAAACUAUAUAUUUUUAAUAACUGUUUACAGUUUGUGGCUUUAUUUUCAAUGCAAGUACUCUGUCUCUGCCUUUUGGCUCAACAAUAAAAGUUUACAGAUAAGGAAAACGGUUUUUACAUUUCAGACUGACUGUUUCCUUGGCCUGUCUUGGUUUUUUCACUUUUGUGUUUCUUUUUGCAUUUGUUGAAUAAAGUGGAUCAUAAAUA